UGUAAAUAUGGCGUCUCAGGAGGAAGAUAACAACCUCGAGUGUAUUUCUAAUAUAAACAAAGAACAAGAAAGAUACUACUUUAACGUUUAUAAGGUGAAAAUUUGGAAUUUUCGUGCUUCUAAUUCUAUUAGUUAUUUAAUUCUCGCAUGUUUACUGUGAAAUAAAAGUGUAUAGUUGUAUAUUCGCAUGGCCGCCAUGUUUCGUCGGGUCACCUCCGAAAAAACCGAAGAAUUCCUGUGCCGAAUAUAAUAAUGUUCGAGUGAAAUACAGCUAGUUAACUUGUAGACUGAUAUUAAAUAGUGUCCGGGAUCCCGUGAAUUACCCCUUGCCAAAUUACGACACUUUUUAAUAGUUUUGGAGCUUGUUUGUUUAAUUGCUUGUCCAGAGAUGAGUUCUGUAAAUGAAGAUAUUUGUUAUACGCCUUUCAAAAAGUAUGAUUCAAUUCUCAAUGAUAAGUCAGAAAGUUUUGAAAACAAAGUCCAGUCUCUAAUAGAUGUGUGGAGAAGUAUUUCAGAAUUGAACUUAUCACAAUUUGAUAUUCGAUAUGUUAUACAAAUCAUUGAUUGGGCUAAAUUACAUGCCUUGAAUAUAGUCCUUACAGGAGAAUGGCGAACUAUUCCAGAGGCAGACAAAAAUAUUCUAUUAGACAAUAUUGAAAAAGCCCAGGCUAAUCUGGCAAUUGUUAAUGAUGCUUUUUCAAGCCGCUGUCAAAAGUUAGCCGAUGUAGUAAAAAAACCAUGGGAAGAUCCAGUUUUAACUAAUUUAAUUCAAGAAAGAGAUGUAGAAAUCGGCCCUAAAGAAAUUGAAUUUUUUUGUGUUGAGACAGCAUACCUGGUAUCAGUAAGGCUCAAAAAGUUGUGCGAGAAUCAUUGUGAAGAUCUAGCCCUCAAUCUAGUUUCAAAUUUUUUGAAAUACAAGAAAUUAGCAAUUACCCAAAACUAUAAUUUAAAUGCAACUGAAACUCAGCUAUGGUUUAUUUUUGACAUUUAUGUAGCACUACUCCACAAAUUUCAAGACAAAAACAAGAUUAUUCAACAAUUUGAAGAGCUUCAAUUGGAAGAGGGAGUUUGUCUGAUCAAAAGAUUUGCAAAGAAAAGAGUACAAAUAUCAAAGAUUUGGCGGAAUUGCAACAAAAUUGCUAUUUUUGGCUGUAGAUUUUUUUUAUCCAAGGCUCUAAUGAAAUAUAAUGAGGACCUGAAAGUAUAUCUAAUAGAUUUAUUAAAAACAUAUCUCACACUCUCCAAUACUGACACUCUCUUGCAAGAGUUUGUGGUGUCCAUUAGAAGUAUUACUAACUUAGCAGAUGCUGCUGGUCUUUGUGUUAUGUGCGAAAUCAUACAUAAAGAGGCUGCUAAUGUGCUAAGGCAUUUUGCCAUAGAAAUGUAUAUUCGGGCACUAACAACAGAUAUGAAUGAAUUAGAGCGCUUGAAGCAUGUUAACGAAGAAGACAAAGUUAAGCUCACCACAUCAAGGCUUGCCAAUACGUUCACAAGCCUGGCUGAUCUCUUAAACGAUCACGUGAAGGUAGCCAGGGAAUGUGUUUUAACUGCUUUCAGCCUAGAACCGACUCAAGACAGAUUGAAGAAAAUUGAAGAGUUGGCACGCACAAGUGGAUUUCCAGUAUUAGAUACAGGACAGGAAUGGAAAUGCCGGCUCCAUCCGCCUGCUUUACCAUCCGACGAUAUCGCCUGGACUUGUCCAGAGUGUGGAGAAUGGAUGUGCAAACCAGAACUGAGUGCUCCGCUAAAAAUGAACUUGGCUCUUCACGAGGCGCUCCAAGAGUCCGUUUUGGGCAUUUCAGAAGCCCUGUGCGACGAUCUGGUGGUCUGCUUGUCCAAUCCCCGCUAUCAGAUCCUCAGCUGGUUGCUGUCGUGGAGCGACCUGUACAGGCUUUGCAUUAUGUAUUUGAACGACCCAGAAAAGACCAAGAACUUCGUGACCGAGCUCAAGUUCGUCGACGUCGAUUACUCCUUGUUCGAGCACAUCAAGCGGGAGCCUGUUGACGAAUAUACGGGAAUAGAGAAGGGUUACGAACAGUAUUUGGACCUAAACUUCGUGUCCGAUGAGGAAACGUCUUCAGUUAGCGAAGACUCGAUGUCUCAUGACAAGUACCGGGGCAUGGGCAGUGAUGGUACUGGCGAACCUUAUAUACCUCCGCUCCAGCCCCGGUCUGAUCCGAAUACCCUCAAGAGUCUCAGAAUGUUCCGACCUAAUCUCAAAAGGAAAAAGGAAGAAUCAGAAGUCACUGUUCCCGAGAAACGAGUUACAACACCCGAUUCUGCUGCGUUGACUGUUGGCAACUAUUCCUCUUCCCAAAAUUCCUGCACUUCUUCCGCUUCCGGUGCUUCUAGUAGUAAAAUGUAUGCAGAACCAGCUAAUGCUAAGGCGCCACAAAAUCUCGCAUAUCUUCAGUCGGCUUUCGCCAGUAAUUAUCCCACUCUAACUUCGUCAGUAACUAACCUAAGUAAUUACAACGCUUAUACGUCAGUGUUGUUGGAACCCUCUGGACAGUUCUCAAGCCAAAGCAGCAGUAACAUGGCCAAGUCUUGCUUGGAAUUCGCUUUAAAUAGAAGUACUAAUUUGCGCUGUUAUCCUCCAAAGUUGGAAAAGACUCAUCCGUCAACAACUAGUGCAGUCGAUCAGAGCAACUCUGUUUUUAGCUCUAGCUUGAGCAGCGGCACCUCCACGGAGUACGUGUCAAAUAUUAUUAAAAGCAAUUUGACUUACGGCGUACCCAAAGUGAGCCCCAGUUCUUCUGUAAGUUCACCUGCACAGGGCGCGACAAACAGCUACUCGCUAGAUUUUAGAAAACCGGCGCAGAACCAAAUGCCUCUGAGGGCCGUGAAGAAGCAGAUUCCUCGCCCUGUGAAAACACUGGACGAUGUAAUUAAGGAGGCGGCUGAGGAAAUUGAAUCGGACCUACACAAAUCGAGUACGGAGUCAAAAAACGGAGUAGCUGCCACGUUGCCCCAGCUUGGUGGGCAAGUGGCGAUCAAAGAGCACCAGUUAAUCCAAGUGACGGAAAUAUCGCACAAUCUCCUGACGAAAUCACAGCAGGAAACGUCCUCGCCCAGUGGUACCAAAGGAGAAUGCAAAACGAAGCAGAGAAACAGGCUCAGAAGUGCAGAACGUCGUGGCAAGUCCCCAAACCAGACAGCAGGGACGUACACGCCGGCUCUGGCCAAGCAGUGUGGCACCGCGCCGGAACCGCCAACGCCUAUAUCAAAAGGCCCAACGUUACAACCGGAAAUAUCGAUGGAAGUAACAAAGGGCCGGAUGCCGUUGCAAUACCUGAAAGAUCACUCGCUGCCGCGCGAAAUAGUGAUCCGUUUAGAGGGAAUUCCAGCCAGGCUGCUUUCUCGGUUUCAACUAAACCACGCACUUGGUCCAGCGACAACAUCCGAACGAUUAACCUGCCAAAAGGGACGGUCAUCUACACAAGGGAAGCCUUCGAGCGCGCCUCUUUCUACGACUCGGCCCUUUCCGGACCAGCAAAUUCCACCGGCAAGAAGCCCGACACAUCUGGAAACAUCCGUAAUAAUUCGGCCUUCAAAAACGACGGAAGUUGUGGCCCAGGAAACUGGCGGUCGAGCCUUGAACAGCAGCCAAGCCACGCCGUCGGAUUUGGAACAGACUUGUGCCAGUACGAAUCUAGUCAAAAAUCGGCAAUGUCCGCUCACAAGCAGCGUUCACAAGAACGAGCCAGACUAUGCCAAGCACAAGCGGAUAAGUCGGGAAAGAACUACCUGCACCCCAGCGGAUACCCCGAAAACAACAACCCAAAUAACAGCGGAUUGUGACAAAGAUAAAAGCCAUCUGAUUAUACAAACUAAAGAGAAUCAAAAGACUGAUGAUGAAGGAACUGCGGCUGGCGACGGUUCUAGCAAGACUGUUGUUGCAAGGCACUCUGAGGGUUCGCAGAACAAGACUGACGAUGAAACUGUCGCCGACGGCGUGCUCAUGCCCGACGCCACUUUAGAUUGCCAAGAAUGUAUAGUUACAAGCGAUAACUCGGGUGUAAGUUUGCAGGUUUCUGAAGUAAGGCAAUCAAACAGCAAUAAAGGAAAUAUAAGUUUAUCAGUGGAUAGUGAAAAUGUAAAUACUGAACCGUGCUGUGAUAAUAUAUUUAAUGUUCAAAAUAAUGAAAAUGGACUUUGCGAGAAGAAAGUUGUGGAUAGCAUAGACAAUGAUCCGACUGAUCUUCCCAAUGUUAGAGAAGUUUCGAACUCGGAUCAAGUAGCUCAAAUCAGACGCGCGUAUGUGCCCAACAAUACUCCGAAGAUGAAACAAAUAACGUCUCUUGAUAUUUUACAAAUUUUUCAAAGUCAGCCAGAAUUUAGUUUUUUAGCCCGCGAUAACUAUGGAAAAUACGAACGAGUGAAUGGAAAGAAAAAAAAUGUCGCCAAGAAAGUUAAGAGGUAUGGCAAAAUUUCUACAUUCAAAGAGAGAAAGAAAAGGAAAAAAGGCAGACGAGAACUCUUUAGCUAUGUUCCUCUGUGGCACGAUUAUUCAAGACCUAAGGAAGCCUUUAUAUCAAAGUGGCGAACUGUCUUUCUGCCAGAACAUGUUUCGAAACCUCUACAAAUAUUUGAACCUAUAAAAAAUUCUCGUCAUAGUCGUCAAUUCAUUCUUUCCAGCGACGAUGUUGAGGAUAUGUCCGAAACCGACAAAGAAAAUAUUAAGGUGGCUCCAAAGGAUUUAGACCUUAGCUCUUCCUCUUGCGCCAUAGCAAGCUCUAGCUCAAUAGAAAAAUCCAAAAGUGGCGCAACCUCUUUACUUUCGUCAGCGACAACGAGGAAACACAAAAUUGAGUCAAAUUUAAAGAAAUACAAGAACAGGCACAGACGGAAACAUCAAGGCGUCCCCUGCUUCAAGUUGGAUCAGGAACUUGAUUCCCAGACCGACCAAUCUUCAACGAUUGCCACAAUCUCAGAAGCGCUAUUUGAAUGUCUUCCAGGUUGCACGAAUGGCCCGCCGAGCAGGUUUUUAGAGUAUGGUUUUCGCACGAAGAACUUGUCGGACAGAAUACAGCGCAAGGGUUGCAUCAACAGGGAUGGUUUCAGUUCGCCCGAUGAAAAUUAUCGUCCCUCUAGUGAGCUGCAGUUCAUUCUAGUGAGCGAGGACGAUGACGCGACCCAUUCACAUGCGAGUAGGUUAAAGGGAAUCUUGAAAACCAGACUAAACGAUAACAUAAGCGCGUUUAUAAAAAAGAGCAUCAGUUUUACUAGCACGCCUAAGAUUGUUUUGGUAGAGCCUGAAAAUAAAGACCAAUCUGUUAGGUCUGUGCUACGAAAUGUACCUGGAUUGAACGACUUCUCAGAAGUGAGGCCUGGCAGCACAGUCCAAGUUGUGAACGUCGUUCAAGUUUCUAGCACCAGGGCUUCGACGGUUGCCAAUCAAAAUAUGCAAACCAGCACCCAAGUUAGCCCUCACAUCCAGAGGAUUGGUCAGCCAAAACUGCCCGACCAGAAAUCAGAAUCGGCCUCGGAACAGGCUCAGUCUGCCUCUAGUGUUACACCUGUGAGCGCCCAAAACCCAAAGCCUUCAACGUCUCAGUCCCCCACUCUGAUAAACAUCCUAAACUCCCAAAUUAUGCCAGGCCAAAGAACUGCUGCGGCUGUGAGGCAGGCGCCCUUCAUCAAUAUCCUCUCUCAGCAGAUUAUAAAGCAGCCCAACCAACCAGUGCGCAAACCAACAAAGAUUUUCUCAAACGCCUCGCCAAACACCCCAUCCAACACAUCUGCUCAGCCGGCAACUGUUAUCAAAGUGGAUUCGGACGGAAAUAGCGAACCUGUCCAGCCUGUCAGUGCUAAUGUAAAAAUUGCAAUUACUGCUGCACCAGCCACUGAUACCACUACUGUUGCUACUACCACCCCAAGCCAGGCCGGUACUAUUUUACAGUUUAUCUGUAAAAGUUCGUCCCUUCCAAAAUUUCAACAGGCUUUUGGCAAGACUAUAUAUCAAACUAGUGGCAGUUCUGACGAAGGAAAUGGCGAAACUUCCACGCCAUCGGCAGUAGACAAUGCUGAGCCUACGCAGUCGACUACUAACUUAGAAACGAAAAAAGCCGCGGCUAAAACAGUACCGGCCAAUGUACAGCCUAUCGCUGGGAACGUGAUAUUUCGUGGACAGGUGCCUGUAGGCCAGACAGUGAGUUUAAUCCCACCAGGAAGCAGCACCCGGCAACUUUUUAGGAUCACCGGGUCCACUCACGAGCAAAUCAGCUUGGUCAAAGAAACGGUUAUUCAAAAUAAGAUGAGUGCGCUUCUAGCGGCUGCUCUCCAAGGCAAACCAAAAAUUACGGAGCAGAACGGAGAACUAGUGGAGGAAUAUUCGGCCACUAGAAUCACUUUGUGCCGGCCAGGAACUGUACCUAAUGCGACGAGAAUUGUCAAACCCGUUCAACUUCAAAUACCCGCCAACGUUAUUAAGACGCCACAAACGAAUAUGAGCUCGACGACUUUAGAACAACUGAGGGAGUUUGAUAUGGUGUAUAAACAAGUUAAAGAAAGGAGCAGUAACCCCGCGCAACCGGAAACCACUGCUGUUACCAGUCAAGAAUCGCCCCAGCAGCGAAUUAGCUUUACGUACGUGAAUCAGGUACAAAAAUACACUCACUUGUCCCCUGUGGUGGUAGUGAGCAGUUAUAACCCCAUCCAGCAGUCUGCGUCGCCCGCGCUCAGUGUGCCGUCGCAAAGUACAUCCGCAGAUUGCUUCACUCAGGCCACCUCAGCAACCACUCCUAAGGUUUCUGUCAAGUCGUCUAAAGGCAAGAGCAUUAAAAGCGCCACAACGAAAAGCCCGCCGGCGGCCGUACCUACCACCAUUCAGAAGCCCCAACAGAAGCCGCAAGAAGAUGAACACACCACGCAACGCAUUUUCGAUAUUUUAGCCGAGUACGCCGAACAGUUGAGGAACUCGCCGGAUUUAAACAACAAGCCGGCGCCUAGGCGAAGGUCCAACCCGCCCACGAACCCUAGCUCCACCGCUUCCGGUUCCGCGUCCAGUAAAAAGAAAAAGAAGAAGAGCAAUAACACGAGCAGCAAUUUGGUGGAGACGGAAAGCGAGGAUCUGACGAUGGGCAGCGAGGACAGCUCGGGCGGCAUUGUCCAGCUGUCCAUGACGGACGAGGAACAGUCCCAGUCGGCCAGCAUUACUCCUCCAGAUACGAACUUGGAGCCGGCAUCAUCUAGUAACGCAGCAAGGCCGCUACUCGUCACUGACACGUCUAAUCAGCCACGGAAUGUUAUCAUUGCCGAUUCCAGCGUAGGCGAAGCGUUGAAAAUGCCCAACACGACUCUCAUAAUGCCGGGAAGUUACAUUAUGCCAGUGUCCGUCGUUAAAGGUAGUCAGCAGAUUGCGGUUGUUUCCGGUGGAAGCAAGAUUCUUACGAGCGUCCCGGCGAGGUCGGGCCAAAAUAUGCUGCUCUUUCAAAGUUUCGUGAAUCAGAACAAAAAGCCCGGUGGCAUUUCGGCCGUGAAAUAUUCCACCAUUCAGCCAUUCUCCGGGAUCUCUUCUCGUACGGUCGCAGGCGUAGGCGCUCAGCCGCCAGUCGUCUUGCCUUCCAAUUCCGUUGCCACGGUUACUUUGGGACAACCCAUUACGUUGAAGAAGAUCGAGGAUGGCGAGCGAGCUAACAAUGCCGAGCUUCUCCUGACAAUCUCCCAGCCUAGCGAAGCCAUCAAGAUGGAUAAAUCUCCGGAUAUACCCCAGCCCGACAGCACUAAUCUGUCGAAUGAUGGAAGCGAAACAAAAAUGGACGAAACCCCCCGGUCCGCCGCGCCGUCCAGUGACAGCGUCUUCAGCAGUAUCCAGAAGACUAGUAGCGUAGCCACAUCAGUCAUCGCGUCAGUCAUAAAGAAGGAAGAGGAAAGCAGAUCGGCAGGAAUGGCAGCAGGAACCAUUAAAGGCGAAGAACAGAAGCGGGCGGGAAGAAUCGAGUCAGUAUUGGUAAAUGCGUCUGCUUCGAAUGGCCCUAUGUUGUCCCACACCAAUUCCAGAUACCGAAAACCAUGCGAAGGAGUCGAAUCUACCACUCAGACCGUUAAAGAAUUCAGUCAGAAUAGUGGAAAGGUUCCCACGAAUACAAAGGUGUUUAAAAACAAUGCUAUAUACUAUGCAAUAAGGACGAAAAAAACAACGAGCAAAAAGCUUGACAGUGACCUGCAGAAGCAAGCCGCUAUAGAGAGAGAACUGAGGCUGCAAAAGUCUCUCUCGGAAGAGUGCGAGGACUUGGGCGUGGAUGAGCCAAGCACGAGCGAUUUAUUCCCCGAAGCUGAUUUGCUUUUCGAUUCCAACCACUCACCCUCGUACGAACAGAGUGGCCAGAAAAUCCAAGUAACUGAGGCGAAGGCAAAAGCCAGCAUGAAUCUGUUUAGCGACGACGAAAACUCCAGUCCCAUGCGAAACGAUCUCUUCGAUUAUGUGGAGUACCAGGUGGAGGCAGAUGUAGGUCAAGUAAACGGGGACGGCAGUGUGAACGCAGCUGCCUCUUCAGGCGACGACACGACGCUUGUUCCAAAUUGCGCCACCAUUUCCGAAGUCACUCUUAAUUCGCCUAUUUCGCCCGACUACACUGACACCACGCAUACAGUAAACAAGUAUAAGUAUAAAUACACGAACAGGAAAAAGUGUGAGAAAGGUACCAAGGCUCAGACAGAAAACACUUGGUCCGAAGUAACGAGUUCGGAGGAUAUUCUGCAAGUUCUCCAGGAAGGGACGCCGAUUUCCGUACAAGAAGAAACAGUUGUCGAUGACGGUACCAUACAAGUCCAAACGCUAGUGGAGGAGAAACGGGCUUUGGAAGCAGACCAAACUAAGUGUCCGUUUCAUGGCAUUCCCGACAGAACUUCCAGAAGAACCUCGAGGAAGCCCUGCUCCUGUCUCAAUGGGUCGAAAAGUCCAGGGGCGUCCAAUAUUAAGAAGAGAGUAAAUGCUGGCAAACCACAAGCUCCUAUACCAAAUAAGAAACCUUUGGUAGCCAAGAAAAGGUAGUGCAAGUACUGUGAAAAUACGGAACAGUACUUUCGCUGAUGCACACUUGACCCUUUUAUGUCGAGAAAAGUCAAAUUGGAUUUUUCCCUGUACACAAAUAACAAGGCUUAAGUAAUGGUCUAGCAACUUUGUCUAUUUACUAGAGCAACAAACACGGGAAUACGAUAUUUAUCUAUACUACUACACUACAUACUUAUUUUUUCUUUGGGUCGCCCUCAUGAGUAAGUGGAAUACGGAAAUUCUACAAUACAGGGUGACCCAACGAUCCGAGAAAGCUGUAAAUCAGGCUUCUGAUUUGAGCUAUUCGAUCCAAUCAAUUGAGGUACUUGAACUGAUUAUUCAAUUGUCUAGACACAAACUAAGUCUUAGUAUCGACCCUCUUUAAUGAAAGAAAAUUAAAUGUGCAGAUAACUAUUUUGGCCGCAUAUUUCGUGAAAAUCCUGACAUUUUUUGAUAAGCCCCGUGCUUAUUGCUGUAAAACUUGUUUUGUAAAAAUAUUUUAUAAUUUUAUAGUAAUACAGGGUGGAAAAAUGGGCAUGGGACCCCAAAUCAAUGUAAAUGGUUCUGUAUUUUGUAUCACUUGGAUACAACGUGAAACGUAUGUAAAAUAUGUAUGCAAAUAAUGUUAAAUUCCCUACUGUAUAUAAAUAUUUGCUCAUCUUAUUAGACCAUUAUCUAGGUAUCGUUAUUUCUGAGAAAUGUUAAUAGUUACGUAAACUGGUUAAGAAUUAAGACGCCUUGAUGUAACAUGUGUAAAAGUAUUCAAAAAAACAGUUUGAAUUUUCUCAGCCCUAUGCGUUUUAAAUGACUUCGCAUUUGAGUUGGUUGUAUAGAUAAUUCUUGAAAAGUUUACAGAACUUGACUUUCUAGAAGGGAAAAAAUGUUCUCAGAUAGGAGUGUUAUUUUCCAGUUUUCUUGUUAUUGUUUUAUUGUUAAUUAAAUCCAACUAUGCAGUGAUUGCACUCUAGUACAAAUUAAACAAGUAUGGAAGUGAGAGUUUGUAACACUAAAACCAAUUCGAACUUUUGUAAAAAAUAUUGCUGCGGUUGCAAUCUUUAGUACCUCUAAUUGUAAAUUCCUCUCGUAUAAUUGUAAAUUGUUUAAAAUAAAUGUGCAGUUUGUCGAUGUAUAUAAACAAACCAUUUUAGUUAACUAUUAGGCGUGAUGAGAUAUCAACAGACUUUCAUGUGAGGCGUUAUUUGCUUUUUAGUUGUAAGAAAAUCUAUUAUUGCAAUUUGUGAAUUUUUGUUUUCUUGAAUUUCUAAUUUUAUUUUGUUGUUUAUGUUUAUAUAAGAAAUACAAAUGUAGUGAUAUACUGGCUCCACCGUCGAACUUAACAUUGUAACUGUGUGGAGCAGAAUAGGAGAAUUAUUUAUAAUCGCUAUAACUUUUGUCAAGACCGUGAAUUCGUUCCUAUAAGUGAAAAAACAAUUCAUUUUGCGAAGGUAAAGCCGAAUAUUGUAUGUUUAGGGAAUAUUUAAUCUAAAGCACGUUUUUUAAAAAAACUGCUGGUUGUUAACCAAAAUUAUAAGAUUUUGUUAAAUUUAAGGCCUUUUACUUAAAGUAUUAGAAAUUAAACUUUUUUGAGAUAGGGGUUAAAAACUAAGUAUUAAAAUAAAUUAAGUUACUAGCUCUCCCGUUAUAAAAAUUGCUGUAUUUUCAUCUAAGACCUUUCUUUAUACUCACUCCAUUUUGUGUAAUGUAUGCGAAUUUCAAAUUAUAUUUGUAUAAGACAAAA